ACAAUAGCACACUUGAAAUUUAGCGCGAUAUAAGCACGAAGUUACAUAUUUCAACUCGUUUUAUCAAUAUGUUAUAGUUUACAUACUUUUUCUAAAAAUAUGGCUCAUCGACUUACCGUUUCAUGCGUUUAAUAUUCUUUAUCCAACAUUUCUUUUAAACAAAUGUUCACUAGUUAUUGUGACAACAAUGUGACAAUGGUAAAGAACAAGUUUACAUCGAGAAAUAGGUUAAGAUUAUGUUGGAAUUUCUCUAGUAUCGAAUUUUUCUCGAAGAACGCAAGCGAAUAACGGGUCGACGAAAAAAAUGAGCAAGCUAUGGAAUUAUUUAAUAUUUCAAGGAUGGAUGUCGUAUUUGAUGGCAUCUGGUUUGUUGGUUUUCACAAGCGGCUUUUUGCUCAAUCGCGUUGCAAGACCGGAACGAGCUGAAUGUAAAGAUUGCACGGAUUCUGAUUGUAACGUCAAGCAACUUCUUCAGAAUCCUGAUGCCGCUGCAACCACGUGUCUCAAAAGAAAGUCACGUGUUGUAUUAUUAGUCGUAGAUGCUUUAAAAUAUGAUUUUGCAUAUUGGUAUAAUGAUAAUAAUUCUACCUCAUCUUAUUAUCGCAAUAAGUUACCGAUAAUUCACGAAUUGUUGCAAAAUCAACCUAUGAAUUCACGCUUGUAUAAGUUUAUAGCAGAUCCUCCGACAACAACUAUGCAACGAUUAAAAGGUCUUACCACAGGAUCGUUGCCAACCUUCAUUGACAUUGGAUCUAAUUUUGCCUCUGAAAGCAUCAACGAAGAUAAUAUUGUAGAUCAAAGCACUGCCGAAGGUAUAGUUUUCAUGGGUGAUGAUACCUGGACUAAUUUAUUUCCUGGCAAAUUUAAACGUCAAUUUCCAUCACCAUCUUUUAAUGUUUGGGAUCUGGACAGUGUUGAUAAAGAUGUUAGAUACCGUAUAUUUUUCGAGAUGAAGAAGAAAGAUUGGUCUCUCUUGAUAGCACAUGUUCUUGGAAUUGAUCAUUGCGGACAUAAACACGGUGCUAAUCAUCCUGAGAUGGCUAGAAAGUUAAAUGAUACAAAUAGUCUGAUAAGAGAUAUCAUCGAGUCCUUAGAAGAGGAUACAAUACUUUUUGUUGUUGGUGAUCAUGGAAUGACAGAAAGUGGUGAUCAUGGUGGUGAUAGCAGGAAUGAAAUUGAAGCUGCCAUGUUCGUUUAUUCUAUGGUUCCUUUGAUAAAAUAUGAUUCAUCUAACAAUACUGUGAACCAAAUUGAUCUUGUUCCAACAUUGGCAUCUAUUCUUGGGACACCUAUACCAUUUUCAAACUUGGGAUCUGUUAUACUUGAUUCAAUUCCAAGUUCAUCAAGAAAUAGGAAAUUAAAAGAUGAGUUAUGGUAUUUGUUGCAUUCAGUGUGGAGAAAUAUUGCACAGACAAAAAGAUAUAUAAGUGUAUAUUCUGAAGAUACUUACUUAUUUUCUAAAGAACAGCUUCAAAAUUUGGAAAAUAUGUAUAACUAUCUAUUUAACCAAAUUAAGAGUAUUAAUACUAUUGAAGAAUUUGAUUCUUUUAUUGUGAAUAGUCGGAACUACUUUAAAUUGCUCAAAGAUACAUGUUCUGAAGUUUGGGUUCAAUUUGAUUCUAGUCUAAUGUCAAAAGGCCUAUUUUUGAUGUUUUGUGCUUUGUUUUUCUUUUAUCUAUUUAUCACAGGCAUUCCAGAAAGUCGUAUGUAUAAAAUAUUUGAGUCUUCAUUUCUACAAUGUUCUAUUUUAGCAAAUUUAAUUACUGCAUUAAUAAUGUGCCUUUUGUUUUUCUUUGAUAUUUUAGAAGAAUUCAAAAACACUACAUUGUUUGCCACUGGUACAGUAUCUAUAAUAUUAUUAGUAAUAUUAAUUACUAAGAAUUGGGAUGUUAUUUCAUUGAAUUGGUAUGAUUAUAGAAAAAUAAAAAAAUUGAUCUAUAUUACAAGAUUAGUACUUUUUUUAACAAUAUGCAGUCUCUUUUCUAAUAGCUAUAUUGUUGAAGAAAGUAAUGUAUUAUCUUUUUUAAUCGUUACUCUUCUUUGGCUUAUCAUGUUUAAUCUAACGAAAAAAGAUGCUAGUGAAAAUCCAGAAAGAAAAACAAAGCCAUUUUUAAAACAACAAACAAAAUCAAACUUGAAGAUAAUUAUAAUAGCCAGUAGCUUAAUAGCAUGUAUUUCCAUAAGAUUAUCUUAUUACUUCUGGCGUUGUAGAGAGGAGCAACAACAACGUAUAUGUUCUGUGUUUGUAUUUGGUAAAACAAGUUCUAUAACAUCGGACAAUUUAGAACGUAUUUUACUUGCCAUCACAUUAAUUAUACUUGCAUUACACAUUACGAUAAUAAGACUAUGGUUGCAAAAUUGUGGAAACCUUUCUGGUUUCUCUCCUAGUGUUUUAGUAGGACAAUACUGUCCUGUUGUGAUAGGUGUUUGUAUGGGUUGUUAUUGGGUCCUUCUAAGGUUACCAAAAUUUGUAAAAGUAAAAUUUGCACUGUCUUGGCAAGUAAGCACAUUGCCUAACAUAGUGUAUGCAUUGAGUCUGUUUGCAAUCUUUAUAUUAUACUAUCGUCCGCUUAGUAUAUUUUUACUACCAAAGAAAAAGGAAUUAAUUAACAUAUACCAAGAUGAAAAUGUAGUACCUCGAUUAUUUGAGAAAAUAAAGGAGUCAAUUUAUCGAAAAAACAUAGAUGUAGAUCAAACGCCAGUUGUUUAUGGCUUGGGUACUGCGUAUAGCGCUACAUUUGUCUCAUUAAGUGUAUUUCUUAUGUUGUUAUAUUCUUUAUUGUUAGGGGAUAUAUUAUCACCUAGUACUUUCUUAAUGUUUAUAUGUUGUACCUCUGUUUUGGGCUUAUCAGCGAUAGAAAGAUACAAGAAUGCUAAUAGUAUAUCUGAACUGGUAGAAGUACCUACUCCCAUACUAUUGUGUUGGUUCUUAAUAGCAGAAUAUUUCUUUUAUGGAACUGGGCAUCAACCAACUUUCCCUACAAUUCAUUGGGAUGCUGCUUUUGUAGGAACAGGUGGACAUUUCUAUGGAAAUUUAUUACCAGCAAUCUUAAUAGAUAGCUAAAAUAAAAUUUUCGGAAGACAACAUGAAAAGAGGAGAACUGCAUCUGUUUGAACAAGAUUCUGUGUUUCAUGCUGCAAUUUUCUCAGUCGCAGGAAAAUAUAUAUUGCUUCAUGGAAUCAGA